CAGAAGCACAGGCGGUAGGUUAGUGCGGGUGAGUGCGGAGACCCUCGCGAGUUGGGCGUAACGAGUCCAGGGGUCUCGAGUGCGCGGAGGCAAGUGUCACCGUAAUCAUUCUUAAAUGGGGUGGAUCUUACGUCUAGGCAGCGGCAUUAAUCAUAACAGCAAGAUGAAGACGUGAGAGCAGCGCCUUCCACAUCCUUCGCACAAUCUGCGUCCCCUUUUUGCGAUCCUAAGAGCUUUUUACAUUACACAAUACAGCACCGAGCAGCUAGACUGCCUACAGCUGCGAGGCUGCUAGGCGGAGGCUGGAGAGGGAAACAAAGAUAUUUUUUGCUAGUAUUAAUAAUCUCAAACAAGAUGAAGCGCCGGAAGAUUGUUGUGGCGGCAGGGUUUUGCCUAUCCUUUUUUAUCGGAACGCUGAUGAAUUUGCUAUUCGUACCUGGAUUCGAGCACCACGGCGAAAGGGCGCAUCGCUACUACUACGAAAAACAGCAGCGCGUCGCGGACUCUUUCCAGUUUCACGUCGAUAACUUUGCACCCGCAGCAACUGUCGCCGAGGCGAAUCGUGAACCCACCGUCCCCGGCGGACUACAGGACCUCCAGACGCAGAUACGAGAGAGAUUAGACGAGGUUCUCCGGUAUGGCCAACGACAGGCACGCUGGGUUGGUCCCGGAGAUGCCGUGCGGCCACUGGAGCGAAGGAGACUCAUGGAUCUAGAACGGGCGAGCAGCUGGGAUUCAAAUAAAGGAUCAGAGAAAAAUGACAAUAAACAUGCGAACGCUCCAAGUCCGCUCUCUGCUGCAGAGGUUGCACCACCCAGAUCGCCUAAGCAUUUUACAAACGAACCGAUGCUUGGCUGCAGUAGUAUUGACAACGUGACCAACGUUCAGUACCUCGGGUCUGGCUACACAAAGGCUGUGUACAAGGCGGCUUUGAACAAGAGCUUUUCAGUAGCCCUGAAAUCAGUGGAUUUUGGAGGUCAUGAUAUGGAGAAUUGUGUUAAAAAAUACGGAUCGGCGAGUGACUGUUACAGGCUGGCAUCCUUCAAAAUUGUCAAAGAAAUGACACUGAUGGAGAGAUUGCAACAUCCAAAUAUUCUCAAGCUGUAUGGUUACUGUAACCAGGACAGCAAUGACAUCAAGGACACGGUGACAGCCAUCACGGAGCUGGGUAGCCCCCUGGAGAUGAUCCAGCUCCUGCAGACGCCCUGGGAGGAGCGGUUCCGGAUCUGUCUGAGCCUUGGCCGGCUGCUGCACUACCUGGCCCAUUCCCCGCUGGGCUCCCUCACCCUGCUCGACUUCAGGCCGCGCCAGUUUGUGCUGGUGGGCGGCGAGCUGAAGGUGACUGACCUGGACGACGCCAGCGUAGAGGAGACGCCGUGCUCACCCGCCACACCGGCCAACUGCCUCCUGGAGUUUCCGGCGCGCAACUUCACCCUCCCGUGCAGCAGGGGACGCUGCCAGGGCAUCAACGAGAAGAGGAACUUGUACAAUGCCUACAGGUUCUUCUUUACCUACCUGCUGCCCCACAGUGCUCCCCUUGCCUUGAGGCCACUUCUCGACAGGAUCGUCAACUCCACAGGGGAGCUGCUCUGGAGUACAGAUGAGACCCUCACUCACCUUGAGAAGGUGUUAGAGAUAUACAGGAAUGGACAUUACCUCACAAAUAACACUCAAACAUAUAAAACAGAGUAUAAACGGGUGGCGGAUGCCUCAAUAGCUGGAGAGAACUACCGCUGCUGGCCGUCCUAUCAGCACGACGGAUGCAUGCUGUCUGUCUAUAACAUCCACGAGGCCAUUGGUGUAUGCGACAGCCACGCCCAGUGCAGAGCUUUUGUCCUGACCAAUCAGAGCACAUGGACAGGUCACCAACUUGUUCUCUUCAAGACGGGCGCAGCCGGGAUGAGUGCGGCUAAUGGGAAGCUGACGUACAUCAGGCUGGCCAGCUGAGAGACGGAGAGAGGGACCGUAAGGAAGAGAGAUGGAGAGGAAGAUACGAGUAGACCCACAUCUCCCACACCUCCGUCUCCCCCCCUUCAUGGUCCUCCUCCACGAGGGAAUGGGGUGGGGGGUUGGCACUGGGGCAGGGUCUAAAGUGCAAUAGCCCCCAUCACCUGUCUGAGGCCCUCCACCUCUGAGGUUGUGAAUGUGGGAGCAAAUGUUUCAGGUUUGCGGGGAGGUCCUGCAAGUCAGACCUGCCAUGUGGUCAAGCUCUACGUGCUUGCCUUGGUAGGUCCUGCACCUUCAAAAGAUUUCCUCAGCGGGAAACACACAGCCGUCAGGGAUCUUCUUCGCCCUUCCCACCCUCCGUAUUUCUCUAAGUUCGCCCACAGCAUCUUCUCAUCUGUCUUUCUGCUUCCCUGCCUCCUUUCACAUAUAAAGCACAUCAGGUUUUUGUCAGCAGGGCUCGUAUAUGCAGACCUGUCGAACCCUCUCUCAUUACCCCACCACCUCCUUAAGUCAUCAGCACUUACAGGGUCGUUAUUUAUCAUGCUGGGCUUUAAAAUGCUUUCACUUUGAUUCCAUAUCUUUCUGAAUGGUUGCUAAUGUGGUACAAAGUAAUAGUACAACUUAAUGCCACAUGAAAAAAACAAAACAAAACUAUUUCAGUGGUGCCAGAAUAGAACUGUAAAACCUGUGAAAAGCUGUCAUGUUAAGAGACAGAGCUCAAAUUUGUUUUCCAGCAAAUUAUAGUUGUGUUGUAUGUGUGCACGGUGUAAAUGUAAAGAGUGUUGAAUGUUAGCUGCAAGUGCUUGGCCUGGCCUGGAGAGAAGAUGGGUGCUCCAGCUAGUGUCCGUCACCCCUUGUAAAAGGACAAACAAGGUGAUUUUCUCAGUGUAUGAAUUUCCCAAGGAAAUGUGAAGCCAAAUUUUACUUGACAGGUGAAGGAUUAAAUGAGUCUCUGCUUUCAGGGAAAGCAAUAAAAUGAAACUGUAGACAUGUACAUGGGUUGUGUUUUGUUUUUCUUAUGAAUAUGUAGUGUGCAUAAUGAAGCGAUAUUUUUGUAUGAAAAUAUAAAGGUCUUGUGACUUUA